AUGGAGAUAGAUUUGGGAAAACUUCCAUUUGACCUCGAUUUUCAUCCCUCCAAUAAUCUCGUUGCUUCCGGGCUAAUCACCGGUCACCUUCUGCUGUAUCGUUUUGCUGCUGAAUCUCAACCUCAAAGGCUGUUGGAAGUGUCUGCUCAUACCGAAUCAUGUAGAGCACUCCGCUUUAUUAGCGAAGGGCGUGCAAUUGUGACGGGUUCUCCAGACUGUUCUAUUCUUGCCACUGAUAUUGAAACAGGAUCAGAAAUUGUGAGGCUGGAGAAUUCUCAUGGGGCUGCUGUGAAUCGAAUAAUUAAUUUAACUGAAUCAACCAUUGCAUCUGGAGACGACGAUGGCUGUAUCAAGGUAUGGGAUACCCGGCAGCGUUCUUGCUGCAACACUUUUAAUGCUCAUGAGGAGUACAUUUCAGAUAUGACUUUUGCCUCUGAUUCCAUGAAGUUACUAGGAACGAGUGGUGAUGGAACUCUAUCUGUUUGCAAUCUGAGAAGCAACAAGAUUCAAACUCGAUCAGAGUUUUCUGAGGAUGAGCUUCUCUCUGUGGUGAUCAUGAAGAAUGGUCGAAAGGUUAUAUGUGGGACACAGACUGGAACCCUGUUAUUGUAUUCAUGGGGAUUUUUCAAGGAUUGCAGUGAUCGCUUCGUUGAUCUUUCUCCUAACUCUGUUGAUGCGUUGCUGAAGCUUGAUGAAGAUAGAGUAAUAGCUGGAUCGGAGAAUGGAAUAAUCAGCUUGAUAGGCAUAUUGCCAAACAGAAUAAUUCAGCCAAUUGCAGAGCAUUCGGAAUAUCCCGUGGAGCGUCUUGCCUUUUCUCAUGAUAGAAAGUUUCUUGGCAGCAUAUACCAUGAUCAGACAUUAAAGCUAUGGGAUCUGGAGGAUUUACUGCAAGGUUCAGUACAGAAUAAUUCUGCCGUGGCAGACAGUGACAGUGACAAUGACGGGAUGGAUAUAGAUUUGGGAAAACUUCCAUUUGACCUCGAUUUUCAUCCCUCCAAUAAUCUCGUUGCUUCCGGGCUAAUCACCGGUCACCUUCUGCUGUAUCGUUUUGCUGCUGAAUCUCAACCUCAAAGGCUGUUGGAAGUGUCUGCUCAUACCGAAUCAUGUAGAGCACUCCGCUUUAUUAGCGAAGGGCGUGCAAUUGUUUGGAGAACUCUCAUGGGUUGGGCUGCUGUGAAUCGAAUAAUUAAUUUAACUGAAUCAACCAUUGCAUCUGGAGACGACGAUGGCUGUAUCAAGGUAUGGGAUACCCGGCAGCGUUCUUGUUGCAACACUUUUAAUGCUCAUGAGGAGUACAUUUCAGAUAUGACUUUUGCCUCUGAUUCCAUGAAGUUACUAGGAACGAGUGGUGAUGGAACUCUAUCUGUUUGCAAUCUGAGAAGCAACAAGGUUCAAACUCGAUCAGAGUUUUCUGAGGAUGAGCUUCUUUCUGUGGUGAUCAUGAAGAAUGGUCGAAAGGUUAUAUGUGGGACACAGACUGGAACCCUGUUAUUGUAUUCAUGGGGUUUUUUCAAGGAUUGCAGUGAUCGCUUCGUUGAUCUUUCUCCUAACUCUGUUGACGCGUUGCUGAAGCUUGAUGAAGAUAGAGUAAUAGCUGGAUCGGAGAAUGGAAUAAUCAGCUUGAUAGGCAUAUUGCCAAACAGAAUAAUUCAGCCAAUUGCAGAGCAUUCGGAAUAUCCCGUGGAGCGUCUUGCCUUUUCUCAUGAUAGAAAGUUUCUUGGCAGCAUAUACCAUGAUCAGACAUUAAAGCUAUGGGGUCUGGAGGAUUUACUGCAAGCUUCAGUACAGAAUAAUUCUGCCAUGGCAGACAGUGACAAUGACGGGAUGGAUGUCGAUGAUGGUAUGCAAAAACCUUCAAAAGGGACCAAAACGAAAAAGGCAAGCAAAGGACAAAAUUCCAUCAAUUCGGAAAAUUUCUUUGCAGAUCUAUAG